UUGCUGCAAGACUAGGACAAAUCGAGUGCUUUGAGGCCCUUAGAUUAAAAACGAAUUAGCCCAGUUUAAGGCUAAAUAUAGAGAAAUAUACUUAUUCUAGGCCAUGUGAGCGAUGCAGUUCAGUUUCAGCGUCGCUUGAAGCCAUCUCAGAUCUAGUUUGAGAGUUCUUCGGGGCAACAGAGGCUCUCCUCGGUUCCCUUUAGCCAUGGAGACCAUGGAGGUGUAUGAGGAGACUGAUCGGAGGAUGACGGAGGAGGUGGAGAGCUGCUACACCCUGAUGGAGGUCACCUCUCCCAAGAAGAGGAAGAAGAGCAAGGCUCAGCAGGGGGAGAUCAUGGAGAAACCCAAGAAACCCAGAUCAGCCUACCUGCUGUACUACUUUGAUGUGCACCAGACCAUGCAGCAGGAGUUCCCCAGCCUGCCCCAGUCUGAGAUCAACAAGAGGAUCAGUGUGAGUUGGAAGAGGCUCAAUGUGGCAGACAAGGGCUACUACCUGGAGAAGGCCAAGCUGGAGAAGGAAGGGACGGACACUUCAUCUAUGGGCCCUUCCCAGGAGCUCCCAGGCUUCCGUAGGAUCCUCCCCAGGGCAAAUUACGUCCUCCUGCCCAAAGGGGCCAUGUCAGACGACAGGACAGGCUCCCAGCUGGAGGUGUGUAUGGAGGGGCUGGACUCUCCCGUGGGGGAAGGGGUGAUGCCCUCCCUGUCCCUUGGUUCCCCCCAGUACCCUCCCUUGGUGCUGGGCUGCGAGGUGGAGCUGUCGCAGCAGUGCAUCGCCAUCGAGGGCCUGACAGACGAAAAGACUGUGCCCCUGACACACUCCGGGGCCCUGCAGGGGGUCCUCUCCUCAUCGUAUCACUCCUCUUCCUCGGUCUCUGCUGCCCACGAAUCCCACAAUGCGCCUCACCUGGCGUCAGCUGGUCUGCUGCUCAAGGAGGAGGAGCCCAGGAUGGUGGGCGGGGGCUAUAGUGUCAUUGGAAUGGCGUCUGACGGGAGGCGUGUGGGCGGGACGUCGGUGCAGCACGUGAAAACAGAGCUGGUCACCAUCAUACCCAAUCAGGAUCUGUUGGAGCACAGGACGUUACCAGGAGCCAGCUCUGUAGCCUCUGUUGUCAUGGUACCUGUAGGAGCUAGGGUGAUACGGGACACUAAUCCCUCAUACAAACUGUCGAAUAAAUACACCAGAAGAGGCCGGGGCAGCUGUCAGACAGCGGGCUGCUCCUUUGUCUACGUGACCCGUCACAAACCACCCUUCUGCCCUGAUUGUGGCAACCACCUGGGGGGCAAGUGGGUGCCCGCUGCGGUGAAGACUCCAGGUGCUGCUGCUUCAUUCAAGACUUGUGCCCAGAAACCACCCAAAAACCCUGGGUACCCCCCUAAGACUGGUGUGCCUCCUUCUGAUGAUCAGAACAGUAAGGUGUCUGGAUGGAGGAAGGGAGGGAGAGGACCGCGGGAGCCCAGAGGACAAGUGCAGCAGCGUGCAGUUACACCAGGACCACCACUAGAGGGAGGCAGAGCCAACAGCCAGGAAGUUAUACAGCCUGCUCCAGCGGUGUCAGGGACACAGACAACUACUAUGAUAGCUUUGGUUGGAACACCUGUGACUGGUGCCAGGGUCAAAGUACAGGAAAGGAGCAGUGUGGUUGGUCAAAAGCGACCUGUGAGAGCCAUCCUCCCAGCCCCAUUCAACACAGGCCGGGCCUUAGUCCAGUGGAUUACUGUCCCUCCUCAUAAAGGCAAAGUUGGGGAGACUAACUGCAGCAAAUCAACCACAGAGCUCAGUGAGAUGAUCGCAGGUUUGAAGCCUAACACUCUGAAACAGCUCGGCCAGAUCGUGACAACACCACCUCUGGAACAGACUCUCCCUACUCCUGUGGACAGAAGCCAGUAUAUUGUAACUGAUAAAGUAGGGAAGAUCCUCUCAGUGGUUCCUCUCAAACAGAACUCUACCUCUACACUGGACCUGGGUCUGUCUACGGCGCGGGGCAGGGGUCGCUGUAAGAACCCGUCAUGUGGCUAUGUUUAUAAGAACAGACACAAGCCUGCGGAGUGCCCCUGCUGUGGCUUGGAGCUGUCCAGGAAGAACGCCAAGGGCUCCAAGGCACAGGGUGGUUCAGUAGCUCUGUUAGACCCGUACCGGACCCUGUCCCCAGCCCAGAGGGAGCUUCAGCGCCAGUCCACCCUGCAGCUGCUGCGUCAGGCCCUGCAGAUCUCUGAGAGUGAGGCUGAGCUCCAUGACACCCUGGCCCUCAUCCAGGAACUCAACUCUACCCAGGUGGUCCUCACCACGACCACUACCCAGGCCGGGGACCAGGUGUUAGCGGAAGGGGAGGGCCUGGGGGAGGUGCAGGUCCAGUCAGGCUGGCCGCGGUUCUAUGAGUCUGCAGCCACACACUGUGCUCUGUGUCACUACCCGCUAUUCAAGGGAGGACAGAGUUCUUUAGCAGGGCAGGAGGACUGCUGGCUGUUGACUGACUCUCUGAUCCAGACCGCCUCUCUCCAGCUGAAGGUGUGUCUCAACCCCCAGUGUCUGGCCCUGCACAGCUUCACCGACCUCCACCCAGGUCUGUUCAAUGUUGGCAACAGGUUGCUGGUGAGUCUGGACCUGUUCUUUAAGAUCCGGAGUCAGGUCAGACUGGGCCGGCAUCCUAACCAGAUAGUCAGGACCAUCCUGGACAACAUCCACAACCACGCUGUCCACACUCUGAGUCCUGAGGAGUUGGCCCAUGUCCAGGAGCUGCUGGUUAGUGGCUACUGGGCCUUUGAGUGUCUGACCGUGAGGGACUACAACGACAUGAUCUGUGGUGUGUGUGGCAUCGCCCCCAAGAUGGAGAUCGCCCAGCGGUACACACACAACGUGCUGGAGCUUAGGAAUGUGGAGUUUACGUGGCCAGACUUCGGGGCUCCAGACAAGGUGCAUGUGGAUGACUUCUGGCUGACCAUGGAGAGUGAGGCCAUCGAGCAGGCAGCGUUCCCCUGCAGCGUCCCCAUCACCCGGGUCGACGCCUCCAUCAUUGCCCCCUUCAUCCCACCACUAAUGAGGAGCUCCACUGUCAUCAACACAGAGAAGGACAAGGCCCUGCUCCUCACACAGCACACAGGUGACCCAUCAGUUCUGGUGCGUCUGAUCCACGAGGGCCAACUCAGACCGGACCGAAUGGAUGAGCACAGUGCAGAGGAGCUCAAAGCCAUACUGGAAUGCUGUGGCGAGAUCACUGCACCAGAGAGCAACAAGGAUGAGUUGCUGGUCUCUCUGAUCUCCCUGUGUACGUGUGUUCAGAACGGCCUCUCCACGGCCCCCCAGCCCCCUCCACACCUCACAGCAGGCAAGCUGUCCAAGAUCUGCCCCCAUCAGGUGGUGUGUGGUUCCAAGUACCUGGUGAAGGGUGAGACGGCACGCGACCACGUGGACCUGCUGGUGUCCUCCCGGUAUUGGCCUCCCGUCUACGUUACCGACUCUGCCCGCCAGGUGGCGCUGUGUACAGACGUGCAGUACCCUGAGCUGGCCUCCACCAUGUGGGGCAGGAACCAGGGCUGCUUCUCUGAUCCCAUGGACAAACCAGAGUUUGUGUCGUGUGCUGAGCUACAGGACCAGCCUUACUGUGCUGACCUGUCCUCCGUGGUGGAGAACCCCCAGGUCCACCCUGUCACCAAGUCCUCUUCCCGCUGGAUAGUGCACCCUGCUGGGCCUACAGAUGGCCAGGAGCCCCCCUGUCUGGACCACCACUCAAUGGGGCUCUGCAAUGAGCUGGAACCUUACUGCAGCCUGGUACAAGACCUGGAGAGAGACAACGAGAAAGAAGAGGACGAAGGGAAGGAGGAGAGGAAGGAUGGGUUCAAGGUUGAAGCCGAGGUAACAGAAGGGUCAGACAUCACUGAGGAGGAAUGUUCUGAGGGUUUGGUGACAUCAUUGCGGCGGCGACCUUUGGCCUUUGAUAACACGGCCUACUACUACCUGUACAACCGUCUGCAGGACUUCCUGUCCAGCCGGGAGGUGGUGGACCAGCAGAUCAGCACAGUGCUGAAGGCCUGCCAGCCUGGGGAGGUGGUGAUCAGGGAUGCCCUCUACAGGCUGGGGGUGGCACAGAUCAACACAGAGGAAGGGGAGGAGGGGGAAGGAGACGGGGGAGUGGAGGGAGACACUGGGUAUGAGGAGGUAGUGGUUCUCUGAGAGUGACAGACUGUGGCUUUUUGGAGACUUAUUUUGUGCUGUGACCCAACAAGUAAACAAACCAAUAUAACUUUCUGACAUUGGGGGAUAAUGUUUAAUAUUAUGGACAUAUGGGCCACAUUAUUAUGAGGUAGUCCUUUUUUAGAAAGAAGGCAAUAUAUAUAUAUAUAUAUAUAUAUAUAUAUAUAUAUAUAUAUAUAUAUAUAUAUAUAUAUAUAUAUAUAUAUAUAUAUAUAUAUAUAUAUAUAUAUGGAGAUAUCUGGUUCAGAAAAGCUAGCGUGUAGUGUGGAGGCUGGUGGUCCUUGAAUGUACUGUGCAAAAAUAUGCUUGAGUGUUUCCAAAGAAACAGAGGUGUUGCUGCUAACCAGACAGAUAGUCAGUAACUUAUCAGUCCAGCAGAGACUUUGUUGCUGGUUUGAAAUGAAAGAAUGGCACUUCGUUUUCUUUGUGAGAGGAGCAGAACCAGUGAAGAGUGUAAAAACGUGAAUGUUACUAACUGCUCUCUGCUUUACUUUGAAGGAAAGUUCACAUAGUUUUAGAAUAGAUAACAACGUUUAAAAACAUUGUUUAUGUUGACUAACUUCAUUGUUGGAGUGCAUAAUGUUCUUUCUAGAAGUAUAAUAAUAAUAAUUAUUAUUUAAUAACUGUAUUUAAUGAGUCCUCGUGCUUUCUCAUCCUUAGUAAGACCUUUCACACUGUUCUAUGCUAUCUUCUUGUACCUCAGUUGUCACCCGUUGCCCUUUGGGUUGAAAUGUGUUCAAGGUAAACAACCUUUCACAUCUGCCUCAUGGGCUGAUGGAAUCUGUAGUUCUUGUGGCCUUUGAUUGUGUUUUUGACCACAGGAGACUCUUGCCUGAGCUCCUAUUGGAGGGGUGGCUCUGAAUGUCAGGACUGUUCUAUCAUCUACUCUCAGCUGCUUGAAUGGAAUCUAAAGAAGACAAUGAUUGACUUGAUGAUGUAACUGUGAUGGACAUAGUUAUUACAAUUUGCGGAUGGAACUUGAUACCCACUCAAGGGGGUAUAAGAAAAUAUAUGGUGAAUGGAGCCAUUUCUGAAUCAUUUUGCUUAAGGAAUUAUAAAUAAAGCAAAUACAGUAUUUCCUAA